ACAAAACCCGCUAAUAAUAACAUUCUCAACAAUUCUUCUUUCUUUCUUCUUUUUUCCAGUGGUUCAGGAACUCUUCUUCGUCACUGUGGUUGAAAAAAUCGAAGCCUCUCUAUCUCUAUCUCUGCAUUAAAGUGAAACGCAUCAGAGAAAUUCAAUUCAAUUCAAUGGAUGCGAAUCGCGAGCAAAUUGUUGUUGACGUUGGAUCAGUGGUGGAAGCCGUUUCUGCUGACGAUGGUCACGCUCCUCUCUACAGCAUCGAAAGUCUCUGCAUGCGUUGCCAUGAAAACGGGAUUACAAGAUUUUUAUUGACUUCAAUUCCCAACUUCAGAAAGAUUUUGUUGUCAGCUUUUGAAUGUCCCCACUGUGGUGAGAGGAACAAUGAAGUACAGUUUGCUGGUGAAAUUCAACCGCGUGGUUGUUGUUACUCUCUGGAGAUCCCAUCAGGCCAACAGAAGAUGCUAAAUCGACAAGUGGUAAAAGCGGAAUCUGCUACCAUUAAGAUACCUGAACUGGAUUUUGAGAUUCCACCAGAGGCUCAGCGUGGUAGUCUGUCAACGGUGGAAGGGAUACUUAUGAGAGCAGCUGAUGAACUUCAGACCCUUCAAGAGGAACGCAAAAAAGUGGCUCCAGAGACAGCUGAGGCAAUUGAUCAGUUCCUGGUGAAACUGCGAGCCUGUGCAACAGGAGAAUCAGCCUUCACAUUUAUUCUUGAUGAUCCUGCUGGAAACAGCUUCAUUGAAAACCCGUUUGCACCAUCAUCUGAUCCAUCAUUGACUAUCAAGUUUUAUGAGAGAACUCCUGAGCAGCAAGCAUCAUUGGGAUACCUUGUUGAUUCCACUCACAUUGAAGGAAUUCAUGAUGAAACACCAGAAGGAGGAGAAGCUGUGACUGCUGAUCAAGUGAGGAGAGAACCUCAUGGGUCAAUAGGGGCAACAGCUGGUCAUCGAGCCAUUGCACAGAGUAACAGUUCAGAAAUUGCUGAAGCCUUAUUUCGAUAUACUGCACCAGAAGAGGUGAUGACAUUUCCAUCUUCUUGUGGUGCUUGUGCUGCUAGUUGUGAGACUCGAAUGUUUGUCACCAAUAUUCCUUACUUCCAAGAAGUAAUAGUUAUGGCAUCCACAUGUGAUUCCUGUGGUUACCGCAACUCUGAGUUGAAACCUGGUGGCCGAAUUCCUGAAAAAGGAAAAAGAAUUACUCUUAAUGUGAAGAAUGUUAAUGACCUGAGCCGUGAUGUAAUAAAGUCUGAUACUGCAAGUGUAAAAGUUCCUGAACUUGACUUGGAGCUGGCAAGCGGAACCCUUGGAGGAAUUGUUACUACUGUUGAAGGUUUAAUUACAAAAAUUAGUGAAAGCCUUGAGAGGGUCCAUGGCUUUACUUUUGGAGAUAGUCUUGAUGAACAGAGAAAAGGCAAGUGGAUAGACUUUAAAGCAAGGCUAAACAAGCUUCUUAGCUUGGAAGAAGCUUGGACUCUAAUUCUCGAUGAUGCAUUAGCCAAUUCUUUUGUAGCACCUGCAACUGAUGAUCUAAAAGAGGACAAUCAAUUAUCAUUUUUCUGUUUGGCAAUUUUGUCACGAUAUCUCUUCAGUUGAGGAAUACGAGAGGUCAUGGGAACAAAAUGAAGAAUUAGGUCUGAAUGAUAUAGACACCUCUUCUGCCGAUGUUGCUUAUGAAUCAACAAAUACUACUAAAACUGAGUGAACAUUAUGUGGUUUCCUCUCCUCACACCCCAACCAAAACAAAUGAAGGGAAGAAGCUGUUGUUAGGAAAGGAAGAAUUUUUGUGCCAAUUUGAUUCAAUGAGACAGAGGAAGGAUGGAGAAGUCAAUUGUCUUAAGCGUCAUGUAAUGGCUGAUUGGUUUAUUAAUAUGUAAGCAAGUCCAUUAACUAGUAUCAUCUUUCUGAAAUAGUUCAGUCGUGAAAGAUGUGAUCUCCUGUGAAUUGGUAAGUUAAUUGCUUAUUAAUGGUUUUGUAGCCAUCUAAGAUUGUUUCUUUUGGCAUUUUUUCUUCUUUACCCUCUUCUUUUUUUAAUUGGCGAAGGUCGGUACAGUUGAAAUAUAGUUGGAUACUUUUGAAUAUGUU